AGACAAUGUAGAAAAAAGUUGGAGAGGAUGGGAUAUAACAUCAUCGUGCUUGGUUGGUGUGGUUAUGUUUCGUAGUUGUCUCUCCCUUAGAGGCUCACCAUCUUCUUUGCUCCAAUCUUUUCCAGGAAAAAUCCUUAUGGCUGCAUCUGUGAGCAACACCGCUUCGAAAAAGCUUAUUCAAAUCGAUGUAAGCUCGGAUUCGGUGUGUCCAUGGUGCUUUGUAGGCAAGAAGAAUCUUGACAAAGCCAUUGAUGCAUCUAAAGAUCAAUACAACUUUGAGAUUCGAUGGCGUCCAUUUUUCCUUGAUCCAUCUGCACCAAAAGAAGGUGUGAGUAAGAAAGAGUUUUAUAGACAGAAGUAUGGAAACAGAUAUGAAGGAAUGUUUGCUAGAAUGUCCGAGGUCUUUAAAGGUCUUGGCUUAGAGUUUGACACAUCCGGUCUCACUGGCAACAGUCUUGAUAGUCAUAGACUAAUUCAUUAUGCGGGUAAACAAGCGCCCGAGAAACAGCAUAAUCUUGUUGAGGAAUUGUUUAUCGGUUACUUCACGCAGGGGAAGUACAUUGGUGACAGGGAGUUUUUGGUUGAGACGGCUAAAAAGGUUGGGAUAGAAGGAGCAGAAGAAUUACUCUCAGACCCUAACAAUGGAGUCACAGAGGUGAAAGAAGAGCUUGCAAAGUAUUCGCAAAAUAUCAGCGGUGUUCCAAAUUACACGAUUAACGGGAAGGUGAAACUGAGUGGUGCACAACCGCCCGAGACAUUCCAGAACGCGUUUAAAGCGGCCUCAGCUUGAAAUAACAAACAGUGAACUCAAGAGUUGUUGAAGUAUUUAUGUCCAUGGAGAUUGUCUGCUUCUUUUGUUUGAACUUUAAGUUUUGACUUUUUCAAUAAGUUGGUGUAAUAAGAUAGAUUUGGUCUUUGAUGGUUUGCCUAAUAAUUCAAACAAGUUGAAUAUAAAAACACAACAUUCCUCCU